AUGUCAGCCAGACUUCUCAGAGCCCUGGCUGGAUCUCACCAUAUUUUGUCAAAAGCAUGUCAGUGCCAAAGACUUAUUCAUCCAAUGUUAAAACCACUUAAGGAAUUUGAGACUGCAGCACGCACAGCCCUGACAAGAAAUCAGAACUUGGAUUUGUUCUUUCCUGAUGCAGCAACUGGUGGUUGGAAUAAGUCUCAGGUCCUGCGGAUGAACCAGAAAAUGUCAAAUACAAAUGUAUUCCCUGCAUUCAAUGCUGUGCGUUGCCAAGAUGAAAAAGCUCACCUUCCAACCAAGAACUCUGUCAGUACUCACAGGAAAGUGACUCACAAACCAAAUCUGCUAGGUUCUAAGUGGUUUAUGAAAAUAUUAAAGAGACAUUCCUCAUCUGUGUCUACGGAAGCAGUUUCUAAACAAGACUUUCCGAAAAUCAAGAGACCACUGAAAGCUUCGAGGACCAGGCAGCCAUCUAGGACCAAUCUUCCAGUUCUGCCUGUGAACGAGGACCUGAUGCAAUGCACUGCGUUUGCAACCGCAGAUGAGUACCAUCUUGGAAGCCUCUCUCAAGAUCUGACGUCCCAUGGAUACGUCGAAGUGACUAGCUUGCCUCGAGAUGCUGCAAACAUUCUGGUGAUGGGUGUGGGAAAUUCUGCAAAAGAAGGUGAUCCUGGAACAAUAUUCUUCUUCAGGGAAGGAGCUGCUGUGUUCUGGAAUGUGAAAGACCAAACUAUGAAGCAUGUGAUGCAAGUUCUAGAAAAACAUGAAAUUCAGCCCUAUGAAAUUGCAUUGGUUCACUGGGAAAAUGAAGAGCUUAACUACACAAAAACAGAGGGGCAGUCAAAACUUCACAGAGGGGAAAUCCGGUUAAAUUCAGAGCUGGAUUUAGAUGACGCCGUUCUGGAGAAAUUUGCUUUCUCAAAUGCCCUUUGCCUCUCAGUGAAACUUGCUAUCUGGGAAGCAUCACUGGAUAAAUUUGUUGAAUCUAUUCAGUCGAUUCCAGAGGCUUUAAAAGCUGGGAAGAAAGUGAAACUAUCUCAUGAAGAAGUUAUGCAGAAAAUGGGUGAACUCUUUGCCCUAAGACACCGUAUAAACUUGAGUUCAGACUUCUUGAUCACCCCUGAUUUCUACUGGGACAGAGAAAAUCUGGAAGAACUUUAUGAUAAAACUUGUCGGUUCCUCAGCAUUACUCGUAGAGUCAAGGUCAUGAAUGAAAAGCUUCAGCACUGCAUGGAGCUGACAGAUCUGAUGCGAAAUCACCUGAAUGAGAAGAGGGCACUCCGCCUGGAAUGGAUGAUUGUCAUCCUUAUUACCAUAGAGGUACUGUUUGAACUGGGACGAGUAUUUUUUCUGAUUAAGUGA